AUGGCGCAGUUUCAGAACGAGGAGCUGGAGUAUGUCGUCGAUGACUACUUCGACGUCGCUGAGUUCGAAGACAACGACGCUUUUGCUGAGAACCAGCUCCGUGGGAGCCAAGAUGCCGACUCAAACUUUGAGGACGACUUUGAUGAGGUGAAGACUGAUACUUCAGCUAUGGAAGCUAGAAACGGGAAAGACAUACAGGGAAUUCCAUGGGAGAGCUUAACUUCACCAGAGAUAAGAACUACGAGAGCCUCUCUCGCCCUCGUCAAGACCUCGAAAAGGGAUGCAUUGCAUUGUUUGCCUUUUCAGAUUGGGAUACUUUUUGGAAAGGUGCUUCUUUCACAAGGAGGGAAGUCGUUGUAUCCUGGGAGACGAAUGCUAGUGAACCAUAAGCACUAG